CCCCAACAACCAGCUGAUACUAUCCCAAUGCAGUUCAUCAAGACCAUUCAGCUACCUAGCUACCAGUCCUCGUAUAUCACUUCACCAACUGUUUUCUAUCCACAACAACGAGCUAAACGAGUACCACAACAUCGUAAUCGCUUCGUAAUCAGUUGUAUCGAGCGAGGCGAAUCUGAAUCCGAUGAAUCGGAUAUGUUGACGUUGUGCGGUGCAUGCUGGACAUGGCGUCAACUACCAGAAGACUAUUUUCCAAGACUGCUCAACGAACUUGUUUGCAAGAACAGUGCUGAUGCUUAUUGCUUAUCAGGUGAGUACGCUUGA